AUGAGGAGCACAGAUCCCAGCAGGCGCUACCGAGCAGGCUACACAGAUUCAACAACACUCACAACAUGACAGUACUCCCAAAUUUCGGAUUUGCAAAAUUUUCAGUUUUGCUCUGCUUUCGGGGCCAAUAAACUCCAUGUGACCGCCAAUGGGGAACACUGCGAGCUCCAGCCAAGUGGUCCGGAGGCCAUCGCACUAUCGGACCGAGGAGGAGAUCUUUCAUAGAAACCACAGGAAUCAGGAGCGGAGGCGCAGUCGCCACUGUUUCGUCAUUCGCUCGCAAAGGCCUCCGAAGGGUGUCCAGGAUUCGAGAUGCGGUUAUCUUCCUCCUUCUUCUCCGACAAGUUGCUGUUGUCCUCCUCUUCCGGCUGUUGUUCCAACCCCAAAGCCACGUACGCGGUGCUGUGGCUCUUCACCCCCAGAUCGUGUGAGGCAAUAUAAAACCCAGGGAUUCCCCGGAAACGGAAGUAGGCAGACGGCUCGCAGGAUAAGAGUGUGUCAUACGGAGUCUUAUCCCGUACCGGAACCUCUGGGCCUCGAACCGGAGCCACAAACUGAGAUGCAACACAGCGACUGUGUCCAAGCUCUGCAUGAAAUCCGUCAAGAGCCCCGUGAUCCGUACUAUCCGAAUCCUCCUAGAAAUACGCGAUGGCAGGAACCGGAUCCUCUGGUCCACUUUGACAUAAACCGAUUCGAUAGGGAUGCCACCCACCGAGCUGCUGGAGGUCCUGGAGGUAGAAGAAAAAAAGUUUCCGUUCGCACCUGUGUGGACUACGACUACGAUCCCGAAUAUCCACCUCGCGAGUGGCCGCAAGUAGCUCCACAGAUUCAGACUUUCGGAUACCAACCUCAACAGAGUCCUCACACAUAUCCACCUCAGCGAUCUCGACCAGAUCUUCCUUCUUGGCCACCAUCAUAUCAGCGUGGACCACUUCCGGGAUCCUAUGAAAAUGCGGAAUUCGAGUUUUUCAAUUGUCCGUAUCGAAGAUGAAUUAAGUUUGACAUUCCCACUUAUCGAUAACAUCUCGGGUACAGCCCUGAGAGUUUGAAUGCCACUUUACCUGCUACGCACUGAACUUAAGUGUUGCAAAGCGCAACGCAGUAUCAAA